CUGUAAAGGCGCCUUUUUUUUUGUCAGCCCUCCUCCUUCUUCAAUACCCUUUAUCUGAGAAAACAAUGUCGCAUUGAAAAUACUCUGAUUCUUCAAAGUUUCAAUUUGGGUUUUGGGUCAUUUAACGAAACAACACCAAAUCAGCGAUUGCCCACAAGGCAAUUAUAUCGGAAACACGUGUCCACCCAUUUCCCGUCUUCCAUUUUACACCGCCAUUGCCGUUUAAGCAUACAUCUGUAGAUUGUUCUUCCUUUUGUCUCCCCCUCACCUGCGAUUUCAGAAAACAAAGAUCAUUUCGUCUUUCAUUUAUUGCAGCAGCUAGAAGGAAAACCAAAAAAACCCAUAUCAUAUACAUCUGUCUUGUCCCUUGACUUUCAUGCCAGAUCUUUGAGCUGAUUUAGGGCUAAAUGUGGAGACCCUUUGUCGGUUUCUCCUAAUACUGUUGUUUUGUGUGUUUGCUUUCUUUGUUGUGCUAUUGGUUGGUUCGACGAGAUGAAUGGGCAGGAAGAUGAAAACGAAGCUCCUUUUGAGGUAGCGGUUGUGGUUACAAAGAGGGAAAGAGAAGAUGGCGAUGAGUGCUAUGAUGCUGUUGAUGUUCUUGUUGAUCAAUUCAGGAAGGUUGGUUUAAUCGUUGAUAGAGCUGUUGGGCUCCAACAUGAAUUUAUAAAGUUGGCAGCAACUCUCCAAGUGUUGGGAAAGGCUGCGUCUGAGUUACAACUGAAGAAACAAACGCAUAUCGGGGUGGACGUACAGUUUCAGUGGGAAGAGACUGGAGCUUUCGUCAGACAAAUCGACGGUUCUCUCUUCAGUUGGAGUGAGCGUUACCAAUGUUAUCAUCACUUGGUUUAUGGAAUAGUAAACGAGAGUGAUUCCUAUAUAGCCCUAAAGUAUGAGAGCAAAGAGUUGUGCUGGAAUACUGGGGAAUCACUUGUUCGAAAGCUUGAAACGGAAUCUAUUGUGAAAGAAAUCUUUCCGUUGCAUGAUGAAAUAAAAAGGAAGCCGCUUCAGAGAACUUGGGCACUCAAUUGGUGGGAUUUCACUGAACAGCCUCUUAAUGAGAUCUAUUCAUAUUUUGACACCAAGAUUGCGGUUUAUUUUGCGUUUCUGGGAAUGUAUACACGAUGGCUCUUGUUUCCAGCUGCAUUUGGAUUAACAAUACAGAUAGUUGAUUUUGGAGCUUUACAGCUAUUGGUACUUCCCGCCUUCUUCAUAAGCAUUGUAACAUGGGCUGCACUGUUUUUCCAGUUCUGGAAACGUAAAAACUCCGCUCUUUUGGCCAGAUGGAAAAUUAGUCAUUCAAUUGGACCAUACCCUGGAUAUAAAAUUAUGGACACUGAGGAUAUACAGAUCCCUUUGGAGAAAGUGGAGAAGAAAGGAAGCCUCAAACAGUUGAACGAGAAGGAGUUAUAUCAGCGAGAGGAAUGGUCUGGACGGCUGAUGAGAUUCAGAAAUGACGCCAUAAUUAUCUUAAGCAUCAUAUGUCUCCAGCUUCCAUUUGAAUUAGCUUAUGCUCAUCUCUAUGAGAAGAUCGUAUCUGACCUUCUGAAGUUUGGACUUACAGCAGUCUAUCUGUUUUCCAUCCAAUAUUUCACGAGACUUGCAAGCAAAAUAUCAGUUAAUAUGAUCAGAAAACAUGAAAAGAGUGAUAAUACUGAAUACAGGGCUCGGAGCCUGGUUUACAAGGUGUUUGGUCUGUACUUUAUGCAGUCGUAUAUUGGACUUUUCUAUCACAUACUUCUGCAUCGCAACUUAAGAACCCUUCGACAAGUUUUGAUUCAGCGGUUGAUAGUUUCACAGGUGAUUGAAAAUCUAGUAGAGACUUCUCUUCCGUAUCUCAAGUACAGUUACAGAAAAUUUGGAGCUGUUCGAAACAAGAAGAGGUGUGAUAAAGGAGCUACAGCUGGGAAAAAAGUGUCCAUCUUGAGGGUGGAGAAGGAUUUUAUGAAGCCUGCAUAUUGUGCGAGUAUUGGUGAAGGACUCGACGAUGGGCUAUUUGACGAUCUACUGGAGUUGGCUUUGCAGUUUGGAUUGGUGAUGAUGUUUGCUUGUGCAUUCCCUCCAGCAUUUGCAUUUGCGGUGUUGAACAACAUUACGGAAAUUAGGACGGAUGCAUUGAAGCUUCUUGUCAUGUUGAGAAGGCCUGUUCCUCAUGCUUCCGUGACAAUUGGCGCUUGGAUUAACAUAUUUCAGUUCCUGUUAGUGGUGUCAAUUUGCACCAACUCUCUGCUUUUAGCGUGCUUAUAUGACCAGGAAGGAAAGUGGAAGGUUGAACCUGGACUAGCUGCAAUUUUGAUAAUGGAACAUCUUCUCCUUUUCAUUAAAUUUGGAUUCUCUCGCCUUGUUCCAGAGGAGCCUGCUUGGGUAAGAGCCAGUCGAAUGAAGAAUGCAGCAGAGGCACAAAACCGAUACUCUCAGCAGCUUCUGAGGAGUAUUUCCGGAGAGAGGAAAAGAGAUUGAAAUGAUCAAGUGUGAGAGUAGAAGAUAGGUUGGAGUCUUGACAUGAUUUCUCAAAGGACUCCAAGGUGUUGUUGUUGGAAGCAAAGUAAAGUAAGUAGUGAGAUUGUUUUUAGGUAAGAGAGUAAGUAACAAGUACAGCCGCUCAGGUAUUAUUUCCACAUUAGUUGUGUAUGAAAAUAUAGUCAAUUUCAUCAACUGUUGUUCCACUUUAAAGGUCUCAUGCUCUACCUCUACGAACCAAUUUUGUGUUUUUAAGGAUCAGACAAGAUGUGUGGGUUAUAUAGAUAUAUAAACUUCAAAUUUGUUGAAUUGGGCUUCCAAUCAGAUCAAAGAUUAUUUUCAUGUAA